CAGUAUAGACAUCUGAAUGGCAGUCACAUUAAAAAUAUUACGAAGACACUUGGGAGCUUACCAUGUGAGAAUAAUAGCAUAGAGUACAUCGCCAAGUAUAACUGUAAUAUUCGGCCGGAGCAUAUGUCUGAUAUAGAAAGGCAUUUGAUGAUGAACGACACAUGUGGGGUUGUGGCUUGGAAGAAGAACUGUGUGGAUGAUACAAUGAAGGAUUGGGCUAAUACAACCUGCCACAAUGUCAAGGAUGUGUUGAAAAGAAACUCGAUAAACAUAUUUGGAAAGAACGUCACUUUGGAAAACUGUACGAAUAAUGUAUGUAGCAGCUAUGGACAAUUAUCAGUUGCCAAUCAGAACUGGACUAACUGCAUGCAUCUGCUAGUAACAGCUCUGAUGGAAGAUGGUAUGAUAAAUACUGGAGUAAACAGGAAUGUCACUCACCUAGCAUUAUGCAAGUUAUACAACGUGAGCUUACAAUGUGUAGUGAAUUCCACAAGAAACAAAGGAUAUAACUGUAGUAGUGCUUAUAUGAAUAAAUGGGCUAUACCUGUCAUCUCACAAUAUGUCAAGAGUAUGAACACGUCAUUAACCAGGAUUGAUUCAUCUGUCGCCUUUGAUGCAGACACAUGUCCAGCCGACAGCAGUGGUGGGCAGAUUUGUGCCUUGCCAGCAUUUUUCCAUGCCUACAAUGCAUACGGGUCCCUGCUCUACACUCAUAUGAUGGGAACGUUGAGCUUGCUCCAUAAUAUCGAUAUAAGGAGCUUUGAUGGGUCUGACUCUACAGACAGUGGCCUGUUCACUAAUGAAACCAGUGGCCUACGUAUGAAUGGAUCAAGCACUAACGAAAAUGUCACUUCUCACAUGCCUUAUCCCCAUGAUCCUCGUAAUGCGUCAUCGAUACCACCCAAUCGGCAGAUCCUUGUGUGCAGUGUGUAUGAGAUGGAACUUGGGCGUAUUUUGGCAUAUUUGGACAAAGAGAAGAACAAGUGCAGUGUGACUAAUAUGCUACCCUCCGUGAAGGCUGCUGUGGCACUCUUGUUUAAACAUGUUCGGCCAAAUAUUAACCCCACUGCAAUACUGGAUAAUUGUAAUGGGACAGUGAAGAAAUCGAAUGAAUCCAUUUGCAACCCAAGAAAAUUGAUGCUGAAGCGUGCAGCAAGCUGUCUGUGGUAUUGGAGCGAUUCCUGCAUGUCAUUCCAAGUUUUCAAGCACUGCGUUUUAAGUAACAACACAUUUUCCACUGAAGAUAAUUGUACUUACGACGAGAUAGUACAAGCAUGGAAGGACGGAGAUCACUUGAAAAAUGUUAUAUAUCCACAUUUGAAUACUUCCAAGUGUGAGGAUAGUGGAGAUAAAGAUCCUUCUGAGAUACCAUAUAAAGUCUUCGAUAUAACUAUUUUCUUUCCUGGCGGAUGGAAUGCAGACAUGGAAUACCGAAUUAAAAUAACAGGCGAGGCUUUGAUGAGACGGGCGUUAACGGGUUACAUUCUGGGUAGCUUUUAUGUCGGAUCUAUCAGCGAAAACAGUAGAAUAAAGCGACAGACAGACAAUUCCAGUAGUGCUGGAUUUGUUGCAGAAUGUGAAAUCAAGGUUGCCAGUGAUUUAACUGUUGAUCAUGUAACAAAGAACAUUACCGAGGCCAUCAAUAAAGUGAACAUGUCAAGUGUUUUCUAUGGCGCUACAGUACAAGUAGGCGAAAAGAAGGAUGAACCAGAACUCCGAGAUGUAUGUUAUCAGCAGGCGGAUCCUUCUUAUGGAUAUCGCGUGUUUUCUGAAUGUUUCCAUGGAUAUCAAGUAUCAACCUUCUUACAAGCAGGAUUGGGCAAUUUUACUGGUUUUGCCAAUGUAAAAAACCUGUUGGCUAAAGUCGAUGGUGAAAUCUGUAGCUUUCUCAGCAUUGGUUGGUCUUGUUUUAACACUACUCUUCACGCCACUUCAAAAGGAAACCAGUGUUCAAAAGAAACGGCCUUGACAACUAUAUUAGAUUACAGCGCCUCAAUGGGUGUAAAUGCUAUGAAACUGAACACUACCCUCAACCAAUGUGCAGCUCAACCAGACUUUUGGAGGUAUGAUCAAAGUAUAUGUGAUGACGGAGAUCGUAUUAUACCAUUGCUGUUGUCGACGUGUCUUCUUGAUUGGGAUGAAAUUGAUUUACUUAUGCCCAUCCUUUUUGGGGAUAAAACCGGGAUAGAUGACAUUGGAUGCAGAAUCGGACAUCGCAUAUUCGAAUGUGGACAGAACAUCGCGAUGAACUAUGAUAUCCCAAAAUACUUCCAAUGUAAGGUAGAGGAUAUAUCGAACGCCCUUAACCUCGGAGGAUACUGGUUUGACAACCUGGUUCCAGGGUUAAAUGUGACACAGUGUCUCCAUCAAGAUUCCGAGAUACCAUACCACGUCUUCGAUAUAACUAUUUUCUUUCCUGUGGCAUGGAAUGAGGACAUGAAACACCGAAUUAUAACAACGGGCGAAGCUUUGAUGAGACAGGCAAUGAUGCAAUAUUACAUUUCGGGGAGUUUCCGGAUCAUAUCUAUCAGUGAAAUCGGUAGAAUGAAACGACAGACAUCAGGCAAUUUCAGCAGUGGUGGAUUUGUUGCGGAAUGUGAAAUCAAGGUUGCCAGUGCCAGUGCUGUAACUGUUCAGAGUGUGACAAACAACAUUACCGGCGCCAUAUAUAAUAGGAACAGUUCAAGUGUUUUCUAUGGCGCUACAGUCCAAGUAGCAAAAAAGAAGGAUGAAUCAGAUAUGCCUGCUCCUGAAUUGGAUUGUUCCGAUAUCGACUCGAUCAUGUUUCAUUUAAACCAAAGUUGUCAAUCAGUGCAAUAUUUGAACACAAAUGACUCAACAACUUACUGCAAACACCUCCAUGCCAGUUUGCUGUGCGCCAGAGUAGUAUUUAACAACAGACCUUACAUGGCUGGGAAAUGUAAUGACAGUGUAAUGGUUAUGGCAAUCCAGUCCAAUGAGGAAAAGUUUAGAAAAGUCUUUGGUGGAAAGAAUAUAUCUUCUUGUAACGUUUUGUAUGAAGGCAAUGUUCAAUAUAGACAUCUGAAUGGCAGUCACAUUAAAAAUAUUACGAAGACACUUGGGAGCUUACCAUGUGAGAAUAAUAGCAUAGAGUACAUCGCCAAGUAUAACUGUAAUAUUCGGCCGGAGCAUAUGUCUGAUAUAGAAAGGCAUUUGAUGAUGAAUGACACAUGUGGGGUUGUGGCUUGGAAGAAGAACUGUGUGGAUGAUACAAUGAAGGAUUGGGCUAAUACAACCUGCCACAAUGUCAAGGAUGUGUUGAAAAGAAACUCGAUGAACAUAUUUGGAAAGAACGUCACUUUGGAAAACUGUACGAAUAAUGUAUGUAGCAGCUAUGGACAAUUAUCAGUUGCCAAUCAGAACUGGACUAACUGCAUGCAUCUGCUAGUAACAGCUCUGAUGGAAGAGGGUAUGAUAAAUACUGGAGUAAACAGGAAUGUCACUCACCUAGCAUUAUGCAAGUUAUACAACGUGAGCUUACAAUGUGUAGUGAAUUCCACAAGAAACAAAGGAUAUAACUGUAGUAGUGCUUAUAUGAAUAAAUGGGCUAUACCUGUCAUCUCACAAUAUGUCAAGAGUAUGAACACGUCAUUAACCAGGAUUGAUUCAUCUGUCGCCUUUGAUGCAGACACAUGUCCAGCCGACAGCAGUGGUGGGCAGAUUUGUGCCUUGCCAGCAUAUUUCCAUGCCUCCAAUGCAUACGGGUCCCUGCUCUACACUCAUAUGAUGGGAACGUUGAGCUUGCUCCAUAAUAUCGAUAUAAGGAGCUUUGAUGGGUCUGACUCUACAGACAGCAGCCUGUUCACUAAUGAAACCAGUGGCCUACGUAUGAAUGGAUCAAGCACUAACGAAAAUGUCACUUCUCACAUGCCUUAUUCCCAGGAUCCUCGGAAUGCAUCAUCGAUACCAGCCAAUCGGCAGAUCCUUGUGUGCAGUGUGUAUGAGAUGGAACUUGGGCGUAUUUUGGCAUAUUUGGACAAAGAGAAGAACAAGUGCAGUGUGACUAAUAUGCUACCCUCCGUGAAGGCUGCUGUGGCACUGUUGUUUAAACAUGUUCGGCCAAAUAUUAACCCCACUGCAAUACUGGAUAAUUGUAAUGGGACAGUGAAGAAAUCGAAUGAAUCCAUUUGCAACCCAAGAAAAUUGAUGCUGAAGCGUGCAGCAAGCUGUCUGUGGUAUUGGAGCGACUCCUGCAUGUCAUUCCAAGUUUUCAAGCACUGCGUUUUAAGUAACAACACAUUUUUCACUGAAGAUAAUUGUACUUACGACCAGAUAGUACAAGCAUGGAAGGACGGAGAUCACUUGAAAAAUGUUAUAUAUCCACAUUUGAAUACUUCCAAGUGUGAGGAUAGUGGAGAUAAAGAUCCUUCUGAGAUACCAUAUAAAGUCUUCGAUAUAACUAUUUUCUUUCCUGGCGGAUGGAAUGCAGACAUGGAAUACCGAAUUAAAAUAACAGGCGAGGCUUUGAUGAGACGGGCGUUAACGGGUUACAUUCUGGGUAGCUUUUAUGUCGGAUCUAUCAGCGAAAACAGUAGAAUAAAGCGACAGACAGACAAUUCCAGUAGUGCUGGAUUUGUUGCAGAAUGUGAAAUCAAGGUUGCCAGUGAUUUAACUGUUGAUCAUGUAACAAAGAACAUUACCGAGGCCAUCAAUAAAGUGAACAUGUCAAGUGUUUUCUAUGGCGCUACAGUACAAGUAGGCGAAAAGAAGGAUGAACCAGAACUCCGAGAUGUAUGUUAUCAGCAGGCGGAUCCUUCUUAUGGAUAUCGCGUGUUUUCUGAAUGUUUCCAUGGAUAUCAAGUAUCAACCUUCUUACAAGCAGGAUUGGGCAAUUUUACUGGUUUUGCCAAUGUAAAAAACCUGUUGGCUAAAGUCGAUGGUGAAGUCUGUAGCUUUCUCAGCAUUGGUUGGUCUUGUUUUAACACUACUCUUCACGCCACUUCAAAAGGAAACCAGUGUUCAAAAGAAACGGCCUUGACAACUAUAUUAGAUUACAGCGCCUCAAUGGGUGUAAAUGCUAUGAAACUGAACACUACCCUCAACCAAUGUGCAGCUCAACCCGACUUUUGGAGGUAUGAUCAAAGUAUAUGUGAUGACAGAGAUCGUAUUAUACCAUUGCUGUUGUCGACGUGUCUUCUUGAUUGGGAUGAGAUUGACUUACUUAUGCCCAUCCUUUUUGGGGAUAAAACCGGGAUAGAUGACAUUGGAUGCAGAAUCGGACAUCGCAUAUUCGAAUGUGGACAGAACAUCGCGAUGAACUAUGAUAUCCCAAAAUACUUCCAAUGUAAGGUAGAGGAUAUAUCGAACGCCCUUAACCUCGGAGGAUACUGGUUUGACAACCUGGUUCCAGGGUUAAAUGUGACACAGUGUCUCCAUCAAGAUUCCGAGAUACCAUACCACGUCUUCGAUAUAACUAUUUUCUUUCCUGUGGCAUGGAAUGAGGACAUGAAACACCGAAUUAUAACAACGGGCGAAGCUUUGAUGAGACAGGCAAUGAUGCAAUAUUACAUUUCGGGCAGUUUCCGGAUCAUAUCUAUCAGUGAAAUCGGUAGAAUGAAACGACAGACAUCAGGCAAUUUCAGCAGCGGUGGAUUUGUUGCGGAAUGUGAAAUCAAGGUUGCCAGUGCCAGUGCUGUAACUGUUCAGAGUGUGACAAACAACAUUACCGGCGCCAUAUAUAAUAGGAACAGUUCAAGUGUUUUCUAUGGCGCUACAGUCCAAGUAGCUAAAAAGAAGGAUGAACCAGAUAUGCCUGCUCCUGAAUUGGAUUGUUCUGAUAUCGACUCGAUCAUGUUUCAUUUAAACCAAAGUUGUCAAUCAGUGCAAUAUUUGAACACAAAUGUCUCAACAACUUACUGCAAACACCUCCAUGCCAGUUUGCUGUGCGCCAGAGUAGUAUUUAACAACAGACCUUACAUGGCUGGGAAAUGUAAUGACAGUGUAAUGGUUAUGGCAAUCCAGUCCAAUGAGGAAAAGUUUAGAAAAGUCUUUGGUGGAAAGAAUAUAUCUUCUUGUAACGUUUUGUAUGAAGGCAAUGUUCAAUAUAGACAUCUGAAUGGCAGUCACAUUAAAGAUAUUACGAAGACACUUGGGAGCUUACCAUGUGAGAAUAAUAGCAUAGAGUACAUCGCCAAGUAUAACUGUAAUAUUCGGCCGGCGCAUAUGUCUGAUGUAGAAAGGCAUUUGAUGAUGAACGACACAUGUGGGGUUGUGGCUUGGAAGAAGAACUGUGUGGAUGAUACAAUGAAGGAUUGGGCUAAUACAACCUGCCACAAUGUCAAGGAUGUGUUGAAAAGAAACUCGAUGAACAUAUUUGGAAAGAACGUCACUUUGGAAAACUGUACGAAUGACGUAUGUAGCAGCUAUGGACAAUUAUCAGUUGCCAAUCAGAACUGGACUAACUGCAUGCAUCUGCUAGUAACAGCUCUGAUGGAAGAGGGUAUGAUAAAUACUGGAGUAAACAGGAAUGUCACUCACCUAGCAUUAUGCAAGUUAUACAACGUGAGCUUACAAUGUGUAGUGAAUUCCACAAGAAACAAAGGAUAUAACUGUAGUAGUGCUUAUAUGAAUAAAUGGGCUAUACCUGUCAUCUCACAAUAUGUCAAGAGUAUGAACACGCCAUUAACCAGGAUUGAUUCAUCUGUCGCCUUUGAUGCAGACACAUGUCCAGCCGACAGCAGUGGUGGGCAGAUUUGUGCCUUGCCAGCAUAUUUCCAUGCCUCCAAUGGAUACGGGUCCCUGCUCUACACUCAUAUGAUGGGAACGUUGAGCUUGCUCCAUAAUAUCGAUAUAAGGAGCUUUGAUGGGUCUGACUCUACAGACAGCGGCCUGUUCACUAAUGAAACCAGUGGCCUACGUAUGAAUGGAUCAAGCACUAAAGAAAAUGUCACUUCUCACAUGCCUUAUCCCCAGGAUCCUCGGAAUGCAUCAUCGAUACCAGCCAAUCGGCAGAUCCUUGUGUGCAGUGUGUAUGAGAUGGAACUUGGGCGUAUUUUGGCAUAUUUAGACAAAGAGAAGAACAAGUGCAGUGUGACUAAUAUGCUACCCUCCGUGAAGGCUGCUGUGGCACUGUUGUUUAAACAUGUUCGGCCAAAUAUUAACCCCACUGCAAUACUGGAUAAUUGUAAUGGGACAGUGAAGAAAUCGAAUGAAUCCAUUUGCAACCCAAGAAAAUUGAUGCUGAAGCGUGCAGCAAGCUGUCUGUGGUAUUGGAGCGAUUCCUGCAUGUCAUUCCAAGUUUUCAAGCACUGCGUUUUGAGUAACAACACAUUUUCCACUGAAGAUAAUUGUACUUACGACCAGAUAGUACAAGCAUGGAAGGACGGAGAUCACUUGAAAAAUCUUAUAUAUCCACAUUUGAAUACUUCCAAGUGUGAGGAUAGUGGAGAUAAAGAUCCUUCUGAGAUACCAUAUAAAGUCUUCGAUAUAACUAUUUUCUUUCCUGGCGGAUGGAAUGCAGACAUGGAAUACCGAAUUAAAAUAACAGGCGAGGCUUUGAUGAGACGGGCGUUAACGGGUUACAUUCUGGGUAGCUUUUAUGUCGGAUCUAUCAGCGAAAACAGUAGAAUAAAGCGACAGACAGACAAUUCCAGUAGUGCUGGAUUUGUUGCAGAAUGUGAAAUCAAGGUUGCCAGUGAUUUAACUGUUGAUCAUGUAACAAAGAACAUUACCGAGGCCAUCAAUAAAGUGAACAUGUCAAGUGUUUUCUAUGGCGCUACAGUACAAGUAGGCGAAAAGAAGGAUGAACCAGAACUCCGAGAUGUAUGUUAUCAGCAGGCGGAUCCUUCUUAUGGAUAUCGCGUGUUUUCUGAAUGUUUCCAUGGAUAUCAAGUAUCAACCUUCUUACAAGCAGGAUUGGGCAAUUUUACUGGUUUUGCCAAUGUAAAAAACCUGUUGGCUAACGUCGAUGGUGAAAUCUGUAGCUUUCUCAGCAUUGGUUGGUCUUGUUUUAACACUACUCUUCACGCCUCUUCAAAAGGAAACCACUGUUCAAAAGAAACGGCCUUGACAACUAUAUUAGAUUACAGCGCCUCAAUGGGUGUAAAUGCUAUGAAACUGAACUCUACCCUCAACCAAUGUGCAGCUCAACCAGACUUUUGGAGGAAUGAUCAAAGUAUAUGUGAUGACGGAGAUCGUAUUAUACCAUUGCUGUUGUCGACGUGUCUUCUUGAUUGGGAUGAGAUUGACUUACUUAUGCCCAUCCUUUUUGGGGAUAAAACCGGGAUAGAUGACAUUGGAUGCAGAAUCGGACAUCGCAUAUUCGAAUGUGGACAGAACAUCGCGAUGAACUAUGAUAUCCCAAAAUACUUCCAAUGUAAGGUAGAGGAUAUAUCGAACGCCCUUAACCUCGGAGGAUACUGGUUUGACAACCUGGUUCCAGGGUUAAAUGUGACACAGUGUCUCCAUCAAGAUUCCGAGAUACCAUACCACGUCUUCGAUAUAACUAUUUUCUUUCCUGUGGCAUGGAAUGAGGACAUGAAACACCGAAUUAUAACAACGGGCGAAGCUUUGAUGAGACAGGCAAUGAUGCAAUAUUACAUUUCGGGGAGUUUCCGGAUCAGAUCAAUCAGUGAAAUCGGUAGAAUGAAACGACAGACAUCAGGCAAUUUCAGCAGCGGUGGAUUUGUUGCGGAAUGUGAAAUCAAGGUUGCCAGUGCCAGUGCUGUAACUGUUCAGAGUGUGACAAACAAAAUUACCGGCGCCAUAUAUAAUAGGAACAGUUCAAGUGUUUUCUAUGGCGCUACAGUCCAAGUAGCUAAAAAGAAGGAUGAACCAGAUAUGCCUGCUCCUGAAUUGGAUUGUUCUGAUAUCGACUCGAUCAUGUUUCAUUUAAACCAAAGUUGCCAAUCAGUGCAAUAUUUGAACACAAAUGACUCAACAACUUACUGCAAACACCUCCAUGCCAGUUUGCUGUGCGCCAGAGUAGUAUUUAACAACAGACCUUACAUGGCUGGGAAAUGUAAUGACAGUGUAAUGGUUAUGGCAAUCCAGUCCAAUGAGGAAAAGUUUAGAAAAGUCUUUGGUGGAAAGAAUAUAUCUUCUUGUAACGUUUUGUAUGAAGGCAAUGUUCAAUAUAGACAUCUGAAUGGCAGUCACAUUAAAAAUAUUACGAAGACACUUGGGAGCUUACCAUGUGAGAAUAAUAGCAUAGAGUACAUCGCCAAGUAUAACUGUAAUAUUCGGCCGGAGCAUAUGUCUGAUAUAGAAAGGCAUUUGAUGAUGAAUGACACAUGUGGGGUUGCGGCUUGGAAGAAGAACUGUGUGGAUGAUACAAUGAAGGAUUGGGCUAAUACAACCUGCCACAAUGUCAAGGAUGUGUUGAAAAGAAACUCGAUGAACAUAUUUGGAAAGAACGUCACUUUGGAAAACUGUACGAAUGACGUAUGUAGCAGCUAUGGACAAUUAUCAGUUGCCAAUCAGAACUGGACUAACUGCAUGCAUCUGCUAGUAACAGCUCUGAUGGAAGAGGGUAUGAUAAAUACUGGAGUAAACAGGAAUGUCACUCACCUAGCAUUAUGCAAGUUAUACAACGUGAGCUUACAAUGUGUAGUGAAUUCCACAAGAAACAAAGGAUAUAACUGUAGUAGUGCUUAUAUGAAUAAAUGGGCUAUACCUGUCAUCUCACAAUAUGUCAAGAGUAUGAACACGCCAUUAACCAGGAUUGAUUCAUCUGUCGCCUUUGAUGCAGACACAUGUCCAGCCGACAGCAGUGGUGGGCAGAUUUGUGCCUUGCCAGCAUAUUUCCAUGCCUCCAAUGGAUACGGGUCCCUGCUCUACACUCAUAUGAUGGGAACGUUGAGCUUGCUCCAUAAUAUCGAUAUAAGGAGCUUUGAUGGGUCUGACUCUACAGACAGCGGCCUGUUCACUAAUGAAACCAGUGGCCUACGUAUGAAUGGAUCAAGCACUAACGAAAAUGUCACUUCUCACAUGCCUUAUCCCCAGGAUCCUCGGAAUGCAUCAUCGAUACCAGCCAAUCGGCAGAUCCUUGUGUGCAGUGUGUAUGAGAUGGAACUUGGGCGUAUUUUGGCAUAUUUGGACAAAGAGAAGAACAAGUGCAGUGUGACUAAUAUGCUACCCUCCGUGAAGGCUGCUGUGGCACUCUUGUUUAAACAUGUUCGGCCAAAUAUUAACCCCACUGCAAUACUGGAUAAUUGUAAUGGGACAGUGAAGAAAUCGAAUGAAUCCAUUUGCAACCCAAGAAAAUUGAUGCUGAAGCGUGCAGCAAGCUGUCUGUGGUAUUGGAGCGAUUCCUGCACGUCAUUCCAAGUUUUCAAGCACUGCGUUUUAAGUAACAACACAUUUUCCACUGAAGAUAAUUGUACUUACGACCAGAUAGUACAAGCAUGGAAGGACGGAGAUCACUUGAAAAAUCUUAUAUAUCCACAUUUGAAUACUUCCAAGUGUGCGGAUAGUGGAGAUAAAGAUCCUUCUGAGAUACCAUAUAAAGUCUUCGAUAUAACUAUUUUCUUUCCUGGCGGAUGGAAUGCAGACAUGGAAUACCGAAUUAAAAUAACAGGCGAGGCUUUGAUGAGACAGGCGUUAACGGGUUACAUUCUGGGUAGCUUUUAUGUAGGAUCUAUCAGCGAAAACAGUAGAAUAAAGAGACAGACAGACAAUUCCAGUAGUGCUGGAUUUGUUGCAGAAUGUGAAAUCAAGGUUGCCAGUGAUUUAACUGUUGAUCAUGUAACAAAGAACAUUACCGAGGCCAUCAAUAAAGUGAACAUGUCAAGUGUUUUCUAUGGCGCUAGAGUACAAGUAGGCGAAAAGAAGGAUGAACCAGAACUCAGAGAUGUAUGUUAUCAGCAGGCGGAUCCUUCUUAUGGAUAUCGUGUGUUUUCUGAAUGUUUCCAUGGAUAUCAAGUAUCAUCCUUCUUACAAGCAGGAUUGGGCAAUUUUACUGGUUUUGCCAAUGUAAAAAACCUGUUGGCUAAAGUCGAUGGUGAAAUCUGUAGCUUUCUCAGCAUUGGUUGGUCUUGUUUUAACACUACUCUUCAUGCCUCUUCAAAAGGAAACCACUGUUCAAAAGAAACGGCCUUGACAACUAUAUUAGAUUACAGCGCCUCAAUGGGUGUAAAUGCUAUGAAACUGAACACUACCCUCAACCAAUGUGCAGCUCAACCAGACUUUUGGAGGUAUGAUCAAAGUAUAUGUGAUGACGGAGAUCGUAUUAUACCAUUGCUGUUGUCGACGUGUCUUCUUGAUUGGGAUGAGAUUGACUUACUUAUGCCCAUCCUUUUUGGGGAUAAAACCGGGAUAGAUGACAUUGGAUGCAGAAUCGGACAUCGCAUAUUCGAAUGUGGACAGAACAUCGCGAUGAACUAUGAUAUCCCAAAAUACUUCCAAUGUAAGGUAGAGGAUAUAUCGAACGCCCUUAACCUCGGAGGAUACUGGUUUGACAACCUGGUUCCAGGGUUAAAUGUGACACAGUGUCUCCAUCAAGAUUCCGAGAUACCAUACCACGUCUUCGAUAUAACUAUUUUCUUUCCUGUGGCAUGGAAUGAGGACAUGAAACACCGAAUUAUAACAACGGGCGAAGCUUUGAUGAGACAGGCAAUGAUGCAAUAUUACAUUUCGGGGAGUUUCCGGAUCAUAUCUAUCAGUGAAAUCGGUAGAAUGAAACGACAGACAUCAGGCAAUUUCAGUAGCGGUGGAUUUGUUGCGGAAUGUGAAAUCAAGGUUGCCAGUGCCAGUGCUGUAACUGUUCAGAGUGUGACAAACAACAUUACCGGCGCCAUAUAUAAUAGGAACAGUUCAAGUGUUUUCUAUGGCGCUACAGUCCAAGUAGCUAAAAAGAAGGAUGAACCAGGUAUGCCUGCUCCUGUAUUGGAUUGUUCCGAUAUCGACUCGAUUAUGUUUCAUUUAAACCAAAGUUGUCCAUCAGUGCAAUAUUUGAACACAAAUGACUCAACAACUUACUGCAAACACCUCCAUGCCAGUUUGCUGUGCGCCAGAGUAGUAUUUAACAACAGACCUUACAUGGCUGGGAAAUGUAAUGACAGUGUAAUGGUUAUGGCAAUCAAGUCCAAUGAGGAAAAGUUUAAAAAAGUCUUUGGUGGAAAGAAUAUAUCUUCUUGUAACAUUUUGUAUGAAGGCAAUGUUCAAUAUAGACAUCUGAAUGGCAGUCACAUUAAAAAUAUUACGAAGACACUUGGGAGCUUACCAUGUGAGAAUAAUAGCAUAGAGUACAUCGCCAAGUAUAACUGUAAUAUUCGGCCGGAGCAUAUGUCUGAUAUAGAAUGGCAUUUGAUGAUGAACGACACAUGUGGGGUUGCGGCUUGGAAGAAGAACUGUGUGGAUGAUACAAUGAAGGAUUGGGCUAAUACAACCUGCCACAAUGUCAAGGAUGUUUUGAAAAGAAACUCAAUGAACAUAUUUGGAAAGAACGUCACUUUGGAAAACUGUACGAAUGAUGUAUGUAGCAGCUAUGGACAAUUAUCAGUUGCCAAUCAGAACUGGACUAACUGCAUGCAUCUGCUAGUAACAGCUCUGAUGGUAGACAGUAUGAUAAAUACUGGAGUAAACAGGAAUGUCACUCACCUAGCAUUAUGCAAGUUAUACAACGUGAGCUUACAAUGUGUAGUGAAUUCCACAAGAAACAAAGGAUAUAACUGUAGUAGUGCUUAUAUGAAUAAAUGGGCUAUACCUGUCAUCUCACAAUAUGUCAAGAGUAUGAACACGUCAUUAACCAGGAUUGAUUCAUCUGUCGCCUUUGAUGCAGACACAUGUCCAGCCGACAGCAGUGGUGGGCAGAUUUGUGCCUUGCCAGCAUAUUUCCAUGCCUCCAAUGCAUACGGGUCCCUGCUCUACACUCAUAUGAUGGGAACGUUGAGCUUGCUCCAUAAUAUCGAUAUAAGGAGCUUUGAUGGGUCUGACUCUACAGACAGCGGCCUGUUCACUAAUGAAACCAGUGGCCUACGUAUGAAUGGAUCAAGCACUAACGAAAAUGUCACUUCUCACAUGCCUUAUUCCCCAGGAUCAUCGGAAUGCAUCAUCGAUACCAGCCAAUCGGCAGAUCCUUGUGUGCAGGGCGAGGCUUUGAUGAGACAGGCGUUAACGGGUUACAUUUUGGGUAGUUUUUAUGUCGGAUCUAUCAGUGAAAUCAGCAGACAAAAAAGACAGGCAUCAGACAAUUCCACAACUGCAGGAUUUGCUGCGGAAUGUGAAAUCAAGAUUGCCAGUGAUGUAUCUGUUGUGAAUGUGACAAGGAACAUCACCGAGACCAUCAAUAAAGUGAACAUUUCAAGUGUUUUCUAUGGCGCUACAGUACAAGUAGGAGAAAAGAAGGAUGACCAAGAACACAGAGAUGUAUGUUAUCAGCAGACGGAUCCCUCUUUCGGAUACCAUGUGUUUUCUGAAUGUUUCCAUGGAUAUCAAGUAUCUACCUACUUACAAGCAGGACUUGGCAAUUUUACUGGUUUCGCCAAUGUACAAAACCUGUUGUCAAAAGUCGAUGGUGAAAGCUCUCAACCAGGAUUUUGGAUAGAUGAUCAAAGCAUAUGUGAUAACGAAGAUCAUAUUAUACCAUGGCUGUUGUCGACGUGUCUUCUUGAUUGGGAUGAGAUUGACGUACUUAUGCCCGUCCUUUUUGGCAAUUAUACAGGGAUAGAUGACAUAGGAUGCAGAGUCGGACAUCAUAUAUUUGAAUGUGCUCAUAACAUCACGAUGAACGAUGAUAUCCAGCAAUACUUUCAGUGUAAAGUAGAAGAUGUAUUGGAUUCCCUAAUCUUGAAAGGGGACUGGUAUGACCAACUGGUCCCAGGAUUGAAUGUGACCAAGUGUUUUUAUCAAGAUGACUAA